AGAAGACCGUCCAAAAAUAAGUUUAAUACAAUUUCUAAUGCCAGUUUGCUUGUAAUGGGAAGACUACAACUCUUAAUAUGCUGUCUUUGUCUGAUGCUUUAUAUAAGAUAUGUCAGUCCACAGUAUUGGAUCCGAAACCAUUUAUUGGAAGUUUCGGAUAACGAUGCGGAUCAAGAUGCUAACAGAUCCCCGAAUGAAACUAAUGCGUUUGAUCCAGACCUGUCUAGAUCUAUUUAUAAUGGCGUCUUUAGAUUGGUUAGAGUACCAGCAUCAGAAGAGGAUCAGUUGGAUGAUGGUUUCCGUACUGCGCAGAUUACCAUACAUCGUACACAUGGUCAGCAUUCACAAAGACAGAUAUGGUCUGAAAGCAAUUUUAAGGAUCGCCAUUUGAAAGUUCAUAGCUCCGAAGAUUAUUUGAAGCUUAGGAAUUGGCCCAAUUGGAAUACGAAUUAUCACUCUCUAAAUGGAAGUUCUUCGGGAGGUAGCUGGCAGCCUGAUCGCUAUAUAAAUUAUCACCAUCCGAUUGGUCACUUUUCACAUGAUCACAAUAUCAACUGGAUAAAUAUGUUUCCGACUGACCGCUUUUCGACUGAUGGCUCACCGACUGAAAGCUCUUCUGCUGGUCGCUAUUGGACUGAUCGCUAUCCGAUUAUUGUCCAUCGGUUUGAUCCGCAUUUUUCGAGAGACAGCUGGUGGAGUAACCACCUUCAGCACCGUCCGAUUCAGUUUUUGCCUGGUCAUGAUUGGAUAAAUAUCUAUUCGAAUGAACGCUCUUCGCCUGUUCACUCCUCGACUGAAAGUUCUUCGAUUGAUCGCACUUCGACUGAUAGAUCUUCGACUGAUCGCUCCUCGACUGAUCGCCCCUCGACUGAUAGCUCCUCGACUGAUAGCUCCUCGACUGAUAGCCCUUCGACUGAUAGCUCUUCGACUGUUAGCUCUUCGACUGUUAGCUCUUCGACUGAAAGCUCCUCGACUAAUAGUCCUUCGACUGAUAGCUCUUCGACUGAUAGCUCUUCGACUCAAAGCUCUUCAACUGUCAGCUCUUCGACUGUUAGCUCUUCGACUGAUAGCUCUUCGACUGAAAGCUCCUCGACUAAUAGUCCUUCGACUGAUAGCUCUUCGACUGAUAGCUCUUCGACUCAAAGCUCUUCAACUGUCAGCUCUUCGACUGUUAGCUCUUCGACUGAUAGCUCUUCGACUGAUAGCUCUUCGACUGAAAGCUCUUUGACUGAUCGCCCCUCGACCGAAAGCUCUUCGACUGAUAGCUCCUUGACUGAUAGCCCUUCGACUGAUAGCUCCUCUACUGAUAGCUCUUCGACUGUCAACCCUUCAACUCUUAGCUCUUCGACUGAGAGCUCUUCGACUGAUAGCUCUUCGACUGAAAGCUCUUCGACUGAAAGCUCUUCGACUGAUCGUCUCUCGACUGAAAGCUCUUCGACGGAUAGCUUUUCGACUGUUAGCUCUUCAACUGAUCGUUCCUCGACUGAUCGCUCUUCGCCUAAUCGUUUUGAGCUUAAGAUCCAUCCGAUUGAUUAUGAUCACCAAGAGCACUAUCCAUCUUUAAGUUCUUCAAAAGACAUCUCUAAAUCUAUCUGGUCGAGUUCAAAUUAUUACUAUCCGAAUAAUGACUAUGCGUUUGAUGACUAUUCGAAUAAUCGCUAUUGGUAUGAUCCAAUUACGAGGAAGUGGAUAGAUAUCUUUUCAACUGAUAGCUCUUCGAUUGAUCGCUUCUCGAAUGAUCGCUCCUCGAUUAUUAGCUCUUCGACUGAUCGCCCCUCGACUGAUCGCCCCUCGACUGAAAGCUCGUCGACUGAAAGCUCGUCGACUGAUAGCUCCUCGACUGAAAGCCCUUCGACUGAUGGCUCUUCGACUGAAAGCUCUUCGACUGAAAGCUCUUCGACUGAAAGCUCCUCGACUAAUAGCCCUUCGACUGAUAGCUCUUCAACUGUCAGCUCUUCAACUGUUAGCUCUUCGACUGAAAGCUCUUUGACUGAUCGCCCCUCGACCGAAAGCUCUUCGACGGAUCGUUCCUCGACUGACAGCUCUUCGACUGAAAGCUCCUCGACUGAUAGCUCUUCAACUGUCAGCUCUUCAACUGUUAGCUCUUCGACUGAAAACUCCUCGACUAAUAGCGCUUCGACUGAUAGCUCUUCGACUGUUAGCUAUUCGACUGAAAGCUCUUCGACUAAUAGCCCUUCGACUGAUAGCUCUUCAACUGUCAGCUUUUCGACUGUUAGCUCUUCGACUGAAAACUCUUCGACUGAUAGCUCUUCGACUGAAAGCUCUUUGACUGAUCGCCCCUCGACCGAAAGCUCUUCGACGGAUCGUUCCUCGACUGACAGCUCUUCGACUGAAAGCUCCUCGACUGAUAGCUCUUCCACUGAUAGCUCUUCGACUGAAAGCUCUUCGACUGAAAGCUCCUCGACUAAUAGCCCUUCGACUGAUAGCUCUUCGACUGUUAGCUAUUCGACUGAAAGCUCCUCGACUAAUAGCCCUGCGACUGAUAGCUCUUCAACUGUCAGCUCUUCAACUGUUAGCUCUUCGACUGAAAACUCUUCGACUGAUAGCUCUUCGACUGAAAGCUCUUUGACUGAUCGCCCCUCGACCGAAAGCUCUUCGACGGAUCGUUCCUCGACUGACAGCUCUUCGACUGAAAGCUCCUCGACUGAUAGCUCUUCCACUGAUAGCUCUUCGACUGAAAGCUCUUCGACUGAAAGCUCCUCGACUAAUAGCCCUUCGACUGAUAGCUCUUUGACUGUUAGCUCUUCGACUGAAAGCUCCUCGACUAAUAGCCCUUCAACUGUCAGCUCUUCGACUGUUAGCUCUUCGACUGAAAACUCUUCGACUGAUAGCUCUUCGACUGAAAGCUCUUUGACUGAUCGCCCCUCGACCGAAAGCUCUUCGACGGAUCGUUCCUCGACUGACAGCUCUUCGACUGAUCGCUCCUCGACUGACCGCUCGUCGACUGAUAAGUCUUCAACUUAUGGCUAUCAGAGGUAUUAUUAUCCGGAACAUUAUUAUCCAAGUUAUGAGUUUGAUCCCCAUCUGACAAAUCACCAUUGGAGUGAUCAUUUGAUGCAUCACUCUGGGCAUGAGCGCUAUUGGUAUCCGACAGAUCGUAAUUGGCGUGAUCGUUUCUUGCAAUAUUGGAGUUCAAGUAACAAGUGUGAGCAAUGCUCGCGUGAUCGGCAAUCGAAUAAUUUGAAUUUACUUAGUCGGCGUACUUCUGAUUUGCUUCCGAAUGAUCAGUCCUCGAUUAAUCAGCGUUCAAGUUUAUUGACGUCAAAAAGACUGCACUCGUAUGAUCUGCAUGAUCAUUUAUCGAAGAAUAUGAAUAAUGAAUUUGAUUUCAAAUGGACAUUCAACAAUAUAAAAACUGUUGAUCUAUCUUCGCUAUUACGUGCACUACCCGAUUAUAUUUUAUUCGUCAUUAGAACUGAAACAAGAAGGGAAAGGACUACAAAAUCCUGAAAAAACAACAAUAACAACAUCGGGUCUGGAUAAUCCGAAAUGAUUGUCCUUAAGGACAGGAGCAUUACAAUUUGAUGUAUAUCAAUAAAACACCUAACUAUAUUUUCAACUGUA